AUGAAUACAGGUCUCUUGGCUUCGCUGGGUGGAUUUCACCUCGCCUUCCUCAUUGUCCAGACUAAGACACCAUCGAUCAACACAACACUCUCCCUCGCCUCGGGAAUCUUGACCUUCGUUGCCGUCCUCGCGGCCUCGCUCCACUCGAUCCUCGAAGACCAGCGCUCAACACGCCCAUCCGAUCUGUUGAUUCUCUACUUCUCGGCCUCUGCGAUUCUCGCUCUCCCACGCCUUCGGACGCUCUGGUUCAUACCUUCGGCCAGCACGGCAAAGGCACUAUGGACGGCCAUCUUCAUUCUCACAGCGCUCGUGGUACCUCUGGAAUCAAUUGGCAAGAAGAAGUUCCUACAGACAACGUACCAAUCGCUCACCAAAGAGGAAGAGACCGGAUUCUGGGGGCGCAGCUUCUUCACCUGGCUCCUGCCGUUUUUCCGUCUUGGUUACUCUCGAGUGAUCCAUAUUCAUGACAUGCCCGAAGUGGACUUAGAUCUCACCGGUGAAACGGCAGGCCAGGCUUUGGAGCUAUCUUGGGCAUCUCGCAAAGGCCAGAAACAUCACGCCUUGCUACGCGCGAGCUGCCGUGCCUACCGCGGGACCAUCUUCCUUGGGGUCGUCACCCGACUAUUCCUCACGGCGUUCACCUUCUGUCAGCCCUUCCUAAUCACAGCUACAGUGACUUUCAUGCAGACCCCGAAAACCCCACAGUCCGAAAAGUACGGCCAAGCGCUCGUCGGCGCGUAUGUACUCACUUACAUCGGGCUUGCCGUAUCGCGCGCAGCUUAUUCUCGGCAGCAGUACCGCUUCACGACGAUGGUCCGCGCAGGCUUGAUCGACAUCGUCUUCCGCAAGACUGUGUCCCUGAAGGCAGAUCAUUUGAAGGAUAGCGCCGCGGUCACAUUGAUGGGUACUGACGUUGAGCGGAUUGUGACUACUUUCGCAAUGUUUCACGAAAUCUGGGCCUCGGUUGUUGAGGUCGGAAUAGCGGUGUUCUUGCUGCAACAACAGAUUCAGAUUGCUUCCAUCGUACCAGUCGUCAUCUCAAUUGUCUGCGUUGUGGGAGUGAUCCCUAUUUCGAAAACUAUCGGAAAAGCCCAGACCGUCUGGAUUGAGCGACUGCAGAAGCGAGUUGCCGUUACCGCCACGAUGCUUGGCGACAUGAAGGCCAUCAAGAUGCUUGGUCUGCCCGAAGUCUUGUCCGGCGUUAUUCUCCAGUUGCGACGCAUCGAGCUCAGCGGGUCCGAGAAGUUUCGAAAACUUCUGCUGUGGCAAGUCCUUGGGAUCGCUUGCUUCACGAGAAUCGAGGCCUUCUGUCUCAAAGCCUCCCAGGCGCCGGAAAAGGGGUCAUCUGGUCUCUCCGAAGUUGGAUGCAACUAUCUCCUGGUCCUCUGA